CCAGCCUCAGUGACCUGGGCAAGAGAGAGCCGGCCGCCGCCGCCGCGGACGAGCGGGGCACGCAGCAGCGCCGGGCCUGCGCCAACGCCACCUGGAACAGGGCGUCGGAAGGACCCCAUACCCAGAGCUUCAGGAGGUGGCAUCCCGACGGCGCCUGCACCUGCCCGCCGGCAGAGCAUGUCCGGGCUGGACCUGGAGGAGCUGGCCGAAAUAGAGCUGCAGAGAGAUGAGGAGGAGGCCGCCGCCCUGGGCGCCAUGAGAAGGGCCUCGGCGGCGCCCACGGCAGGCCCAGACCCUGCGCUGAGCGUGAAUCACCCCUUCUACGACGUGGCCCGACACGGCAUCCUGCAGGUGGCAGGGGAGGACCGCCUCGGGAGACGGGUCGUCACAUUCUGCUGCUGCCGGAUGCCCCCUUCUCACGAGCUCAACCACAGGCGGCUGCUGGAGUAUUUGAAGUACACUCUGGACCAGUACGUGGAGAGCGAUUACACCAUUGUCUACUUCCACUACGGGCUGAACAGCCAGAACAAGCCGUCCCUGGGCUGGCUCCAGAGUGCCUACAAGGAGUUUGACAGGAGGUACAAAAAGAACUUGAAGGCCCUCUAUGUCGUGCACCCCACCAACUUCAUCAAAGUCCUGUGGAAAAUCCUCAAACCCCUCAUCAGUCACAAGUUUGGGAAGAAAGUCACCUAUUUCAACUCUCUGAAUGAGCUCCGUGAACACCUCAAGUACGACCAGCUGAGCAUCCCCCCAGAGGUUCUGCGAUACGACUUGGAGCUUCGGAACCUGCACGCGGGCAGGCCGCCCCCUCCCGCCAAGACGCCCCCACCGCGGCCCCCUCUGCCCACCCAGCAGUUUGGCGUCAGUCUGCAAUACCUCAGAGACAAAAAUCAAGGUGAACUCAUCCCUCCCGUGCUGAGGUGCACAGUGACGUACCUGAGAGAGAAAGGACUCCGCACCGAGGGCCUGUUCCGGAGAUCGGCCAGUGUCCAGACCGUCCGCCAGAUCCAGCGGCUCUACAACCAAGGGAAGCCCGUGAACUUUGACGACUAUGGUGACAUCCACAUCCCUGCCGUGAUCCUGAAGACCUUCCUGCGGGAGCUGCCCCAGCCGCUGCUGACCUUCAAGGCCUACGAGCAGAUUCUUGGCAUCACCAGUGUGGAGAGCAGCCUGCGGGUGACCCGCUGCCGGCAGAUCCUGCAGGGCCUUCCAGAACACAACUACGCCGUCCUCAGCUACCUCAUGGGCUUCCUGCACGAGGUGUCCCAGGAGAGCAUUUUUAACAAAAUGAACAGCUCCAACCUGGCCUGUGUCUUUGGGCUGAACCUGAUCUGGCCGUCACAGGGGGCGUCCUCGCUGAACGCCCUCGUGCCCCUCAACCUGUUCACCGAACUGCUGAUCGAGUACUACGGGAAGGUCUUCAGCGGCCAGGAGGCGCGCGGGGCCCAGGCGGACGGGCCGGGCGGCCUCGGUACCAGAGGCUCUGCCCCAGACGGAUGCACUGGAGACAGACCUGCCACGGGCCUCCCCAGGCCCCCCAUGCCCCCGCGUCCCUUGACCGCGGCUGGGAGACUCCUCUAG